UUAAAUUGAAAUAAAAUGAAAAAAUUAUUUAUAACAGAGACAGGAAUUUUAUCUGUGUCUCCGAAAACCAGUCGUAGAAUUUCGACAGAUCGAAGACGAAAUCUUAAAAGCUCAAGUUUGGGUAGAAGAACUUCUAGUGUUCCAUUCCAACCCAGAACAGGAAGAUUUUAUCAAGAUACUUCUCAUAGAGACAAUACUCCAGGCCCAUGAGGGUAUUUCAUUCCUUCAGACUUGAUCAGCGGCAAGGCUCAAAGGUUUGGAAAACCAGAAGUGUUUGAUCUAUUUCAAACUAAACAGAAGGAUUUUAUUCCAGCCCCUGAUAGUUAUUUCAAUGGUGGAAAUGAAAAAUUUAGUUCCCAUUUCCACUCUGAAGGAUUUACUUUCCCAAGAAGUGAGAGAAAAAUGUUUAAUCAGACUUCUAACACAAGAGAGGGGAUCAGUUCCUUUAAGGACACAAUAAAGGAGGAAACAAAAUUUGGCUCAUUUUCCAUGACAAAAGACAGCAUCACUACUUUCAAAGAUAAAGAGAGUGACCCAGUAGGUCCAGGAUACUACAAACCGACAGAUACCAGCACUACACGGCACCGAAAAUCUAGAUCAUUCCAAUUUAGUCAAAGAAGUAUAGAUUUAAAAUAUAUGGAGCACAAAAGAAAGCCUAAAAAUGCUCCAAAUUUAUAUGAAAAGAACACCUCUCGACUGAAUAAAAAGGAGAGGCUGACCAAACUCUUCAAGCAAAUUUAUGAAAAAUAGCAAGCUGAAGACUGGAAUUAAAGAGACAUCUCAUAGAGGAUUCCAAAAAUUUAGACAUCUGCACUUGAAGCAAUAUGAUAAAGAACAUUAUUUGAAGAUCUUCUUAGGGAAACAGAGCAUGUUUAAGUCAGAUAUUAUCAUGAAAAACAUUGAAGCUUGUGAGCCCUCUCUUAAUAGAUCAACCCAUAUCCAGAAUGACUUUAAUAGGCUCUUGCCAGAUACCAGCCCUGAAGUUUUCAAAAAUAAGCAGAGGAUUCAAGAAAAUGCUAAGAAACAGAAUAACAGACGACAGGAAGUACUGGAGAGAUAUACUAAUAUCAUUAGUAAUUAUCAUGACAAGUCCGAGAAAGCAUCCCAGAUGCGGAAGACUACUUUUGACAUCAGGAUGUCAGCCCAUUCCAACUGGCAAAAGAGCAAAUAUUGUAUAAUAAAUGAUAAAUAUCUGACACAUUGUAUGAAGAAGGCAAUCUGCGAGGAUAUCUGAGCGAAAUUUAUGAUAAAAUAAAAAGAUCAGGUAUUCAUCAAACAAACUGUGCAGAUGGUUCAUUGUGAUGAUGAAAGCAGCAGGCAAGUUUCUUAUAUCUCUUAGAGAGAUCCGCAAGAGACAUGCUACCAUUGCCUUAGGGAAGCUCUUAGUUCCCCUUGUGAAGAGAUGGAAGCUAAGGAAGUUACUUCAGAGGAUCAGAGAGGACAAAGAGCUAGCCUUUAUUGAUAAGUAUAAUUCUCAAUGCAAGAAUAUCUCAGAAAUGAUCCUGAUAACAUCUCAGGAUUUAAGAAGAAUCAAAAAUGUGUUUAAGAAGCUUCUGUUUAGAAGAAAAUUAGUUCAGAUAAUCACUCAUUUCCACUGGUUCCUACUUGAAAAUGCGAUCUUCAGUUAUGGCGCCAGGAGAGACAAGAAAGCUAAUCUAGACAUCAUCAAAAUCAGGAAAGAAUGGGAGGGAGAUAUUAACUUCAUUGUCCCUUACGAAGUUCGGAACAUGUAUAUCAGAGAGACAAAAUUCUACUUGAAAAUCAAACAUCUCCACGACUACCACAAGACUCGAGCACGUAUAAUCACAGAGAUGAAGCGAGAAGAGAUCAGACGGACAAGUACCAACUUCUUCCUCUAGAAGAACAUGAAUAAAGGAAAAAGCUAAGCCUGACGACCAUACUAUCCCUCUACUAACCCUCUAGGCCUAGUGCAGCUAUCAGAGCGACCUAGGAUGUUCCUGACACAUGAGAAGAUGAUAGAGCUGGUCUUAGACGCCAGACUAAAUAGAGAUCUAUGGAAGCCCUUUGUUCAGCAGAAGAUCAAGCAGACUGAUUUCAAGUAUAUCAGACAAUUACAGAAGAAAGUUGAAGAUAUUAGAAAAAAAAAGAAAAU